GACUGCUGAUUCACAGAGGGGAAAGCAACGUUCGCACAUGAAAAAUAUAAACAUGUUACUUUUAUAGACUCUAUUAACUCAACCGCAGUAUUUUCCGACAGGUUAUCAUGGUCCCUACAGACUUUAAAGCCCUAAUCCAGAGGUUUUAUCAUCUUCAGUCUGAGCGAGUAGAGACGUAUCAGCUCUUUGAAGAAGGACAUGAGGCCUACUUGAGGACAGGCCCUCAGUAUGACUUCGACCACUACAGACAGCUGGUCCAUGAGAUAACACAGGCCUUUUGCGGCAUCUCCAAGGAAGUGCUCGAGAUCAAGGGGAGGCUGCACCAUGAGUUUGACAGGCCAGACCUCUCUGAGCACAUUGAAAAGCUGCAGAGCAAAGAGAAGCAGAAACUUGAACUGACAGCCAAGCUGCAGCUGGCCAGGCAGCGGGCCCAGGAUCACCCGGAGGACGAAGGCUGUCAAGAAAAGAUUCAGGAGAUCAAGCAGGAAAUCAUCAAGAACAAAGAGGCUCUGAGUGAGAUCAUGCAGGACUUUAAGUACGACUCAGAGGAGUGUGAUUGACAGGUGACUCCCUGGGGGCCUGCAGCCGCCCCCUCACAUCACCAGACAGCAGGGCUGACGGGUCAACUCGGCCCUGCUGCAACUUCCAUCUUGGACUCCUCAGCUGCACUUAUUGAUCCCCCCUCUAGCCCCACCCUGCUCGCUGCUGCAGUUUUAUUCCUCCCAGGGGGCUUUUCACAUUCUGGCUGUGUAUGUGUGUGUGUAUGUGUGUGUGUAUGUGAGUGUGUGUGUGUGUAUGUGAGUGUGUGUGUGUGUG